UUUUGGCUUGAAACAGAGUUAAAGUUCUGGUAAAAACAUAAACAUCUGUUGCAGUCUAAAGAACAUAAAGAAGAAAAUCCGUCGAUGGGCUCCUGAUUUACUGUCUACUUCAGAUGUUCAGUGGUGGGCGUGAGCAAAACACGAAGGUCAGCAGGAGGAGAGGAUGCUGGUCUAAUUAGCAGCAGAGGAAUCUACUGUCGCCCCAACACCUGUCACCACAGGCUCAACUCCGCCCCCUUGUGUCCUGAAGAGGAACUGAACCGAGGUGCACAAGCAGUUCAUAUCCGAGUGUAAAGAUUGCAAUCCCAGAAAAUGGCAAGUGAAGACCUCCUUUUGGGAAAAACGGAUCACAAAGGCUGUCUGGUGUGCCACCUAGAGUUUGCUGUCAACGACAGCACCUAAGUGUUAACACUUCGGCAGGACAUUGAAGAAAACAGCUACUGUUUUGUCUUGCAGAGCUUUGGACGUGGCCGACAAAGGCAGAGGAACACAGAAGAACAAGGUUCUUAAGUUUCACACUCGUUGAAAAGGAUGGCCGCUCUGUUCCGCAAAAGAAAACAACCCAGUAGUAGAUGUUCCUAUCCAGGGCGUAAAAUUUGCAGCAGCUCUUCUCUGGGGUCAUAAUUCGUGGGUCCAGUCUGCGUGUGUCCAAAGGCAACCCAAACCUGUUUUUUGGAUGACUGUUGACCUUCACCUCCUUGCCGACCCAGCUCUUAAACAGGGCGUGACGCGGAUCUUUAGGUUACCACCCAGGAGCCAACGCCGCCUGCGGCUCAGCCCGGCUGAUGGAUCUGAGUGUGGCCGCCAAGCUCCAAUCAACUCAGACAUGAGCCCCAGGACCCCACACAACCUCACAGUACAGGACCAACCCUACCAUUUUAACCAGGGGUGUAAGCGCGAACGGGGUUGACAUUGGUGACUAACUGGCAAUGAGAGAAGAGGAGGGGAUAAGAGAGCCUAGCCAGUCCAGCAACACUGUUUCUUGAAGAAAGCUCAGCAGCACGGCAAGAGAUGCACUGUCCUGCCUCCUCUGACUGACAUUCCCACAGGAGUCAGACUGAAUGAUCAAGGGGAUACGCCUGGAUCAAACGUCAAAGGAUUCCCCGUUGGAUCUAUUUCACCUUUAUGGACAGCAUAGGACGUGGGCUUUUCUUGCUAACGUCUUUAUCAUAGGUCUUUAUGCAUUAGAAGCUCUUUCGCUAAAACUUGAAAAGUAAAUCGUUUACAAGCUGUAAGUUUUGCGUUAAGUGCACUUAGUUGUUAUUUUCGAUUUAUGAUGGAGAAAAUCCAGACAGUGCUUGUAUUUGUCAGUGGUGUCAAUCUAUAGAUUCGCCGUUUUGUCUUAGAAAAAUACUGGACAUUUUUUCUGCCUCCGUGCAGGUUUUUUUUAUUUGCCAGUUGAUCUGUUCAUCAUAUGUUGCGAGUCACGUUUUGGAUAUCAGCGCUGGACUCUGCGCGUCUCAACUGGAAAACCUAAUUUUUUAAAUCUCCGUAAAUUAGCCUAUAGAUAAUUUGGUCCGCUAAUUUUGCCUCCGAGGCCCGACCCUUUCAGCAACAUGAGGCUCUUUCCAUCGCGAUUGAGUUAUCUAUUGCUUCACCUCUUUGCGUUCUGCUAUUAUGCUCAGGUAACCAUUCAGUCCUCACCUAAUUUUACACAGCAUGUGAGUGAGCAAAGUAGGGUGACGGACCGGGUCAGCCGUAGACUAAUCCGGACCUACCAGCUUUACAGUCGAACCAGUGGCAAGCACGUGCAAGUUCUGCCUAACAAGAAAAUCAACGCCAUGGCAGAUGAUGGAGACGUUCAUGCCAAGCUCAUAGUGGAGACUGACACGUUUGGGAGUCGAGUACGAAUUAAAGGAGCUGAAACAGGCUUCUACAUCUGUAUGAACAGGAGGGGAAAGCUGAUUGGCAAGAAAAACGGUCAGGGGAAGGACUGCAUUUUCACCGAGAUAGUACUGGAGAAUAACUACACAGCUCUGCAGAAUGUAAAGUAUGAAGGCUGGUACAUGGCUUUUACACGCAAAGGCAGACCCCGCAAGGGCUCCAAAACCAGGCAACAUCAGCGGGAAGUCCACUUCAUGAAGAGGCUGCCCAGGGGACAUCAAAUCGCAGAGCACAGACCCUUUGAUUUCAUCAACUACCCUUUCAACAAACGGACUAAACGCACCCGCUACUCAGGCGAGCGUUGAAGAGUGACACUGGAGAAAAGAAACUGAAAAACUUUCUCAAUUAACAGACUUCUCCUGUGGACUCCUAAAACAUUUUUUGUACUGAGCAACAAUAUACCUAACCUUUAGUUUUUUAUGAAUUUUCAGAAAAAAAAAAAUCUCAAGAUAAAAGAGAUCUAUUUUUGUACCCCUGACUUUUAGUACUGACCUGUGUAUAGAAACUCUAGAAAAUCAAAGCACGGGACAUUUAAGUGCUGACAUUUUAGUAGUGCGUGGACUUCUUCCAUCUUUCUUUCUGGUUUUGUUUCAUUUGAUUUUGACAGUUUUAGAGUAAUUUAUAACUCUUCAUAAUGCUGCUCAAGGGGACUUCAAGGGCCCGAGAGAGAAUGCACUGACAACACAGGGCUGUAUUCGGUUACACAGGCAGCCGGGGCACCUCUCGACCACCCAGUGAUAAGAUACCCGGCUCAUCUCUCAGUAACCUCUCUGGUUCUUGAUUCUGGAACUCUCAAGAGAUAAACAUGGUUAAAGCAAACAGAGCUUUAAAUACAUAUUUAAAUGUGGCAGCUACAUUUUCAUUAUAUCACAAGUUUCCCAAAGUGGUUGAAACUUGUAAGUGUAUAAAUGUACGAAACUGUAGGAAAAGCUUUUGUUCUUUGUUGCAUUUUGUUUGUCUGUUUUUUAUACAAAUAUAAAUAUAUUUUUAUUUGAGGAUGUGUAAAAUAAUUUUAAUGAUGGAAAUAUUUAUUUAAAAACGUGUAAUAAAUUUACCUUAGGAUACUGACGCUCA